AUGGGCCUUGUCUCCCCUAAUAACUCCCGCAUCCUCACAAUGGCCCACAGAGCCCAAACAGACCCAAGCUCCCCGAUCCCAGCAACCACCCAGUCUCUGAACAUGGCCCAUAGCACCUGGCCAGGCCUCGCCCCCACCUCUCCCUCCUACACAACUACCCAGCUUCCUAGUCAGACCCACAGCGCCCGGAUGGGCCCAGCUCCCUCCGACCCCACAACCACCCAGCCUCAGGACGAGACCCACAGUGCCCAGAUGGGCCCAGCUCCCUCCCACCCCACAACCACCCAGCUUCAGGACGAGACCCAUAACAUCCGGAUGGGCCCAGCUCCCUCCCACCCCACAACCAUCCAGCCUCAGGAUGAGACCCAUAGCGCCCAGAUGGACCCAGCUCCCUCCCACCCCACAACCACCCAGCCUCAGGAUGAGACCCACAGUGCCCAGAUGGGCCCAGCUCCCUCCCACCCCACAACCAUCCAGCCUCAGGAUGAGACCCACAGCGCCCAGAUGGGCCCAGCUCCCUCCCACCCCACAACCACCCAGCCUCAGGAUGAGAUCCACAGCGCCCAGAUGGGCCCAGUUCCCUCCGACCCCACAACCACCCAGCCUCAGGAUGAGACCCAUAGCGCCCAGAUGGGCCCAGCUCCCUCCCACCCCACAACCACCCAGCCUCAGGACGAGACCCACAGCGCCCAGAUGGGCCCAGCUCCCUCCCACCCCACAACCACCCAGCCUCAGGACGAGACCCACAGCGCCCGGAUGGGCCCAGCUCCCUCCCACCCCACAACCACCCAGCCUCUGGAUGAGACCCACAGCGCCCAGAUGGGCCCAGCUCCCUCCGACCCCACAACCACCCAGCCUCAGGAUGAGACCCACAGCGCCUGGAUGGGCUCAGCUCCCUCCGACCCCACAAUCACCCAGCCUCAGGACGAGACCCACAGCAUCCAGGUGGGCCCAGCUCCCUCCCACCCCACAACCACCCAGCCUCAGGAUGAGACCCACAGCACCCAAAUGGGCCCAGCUCCCUCCCACCCCACAACCACCCAGCCUCAGGACAAGACCCACAGCGCCCGGAUGGGCCCAGCUCUCUCCCACCCCACAACCACCCAGCCUCUGGACGAGACCCACAGCGCUCAGAUGGGCCCAGCUCCCUCCGACCCCACAACCACCCAGCCUCAGGAUGAGACCCACAGCGCCUGGAUGGACUCAACUCCCUCCGACUCCACGACCACCCAGCCUCAGGACGAGACCCACAGCAUCCAGGUGGGCCCAGCUCCCUCCCACCCCACAACCACCCAGCCUCAGGAUGAGACCCACAGCGCCCAGAUGGGUCCAGCCUCUCCCUCCCAGCCCCAGGGCGAGCCUCCUGGUACUCGGACACAGUACGCCAGCCCAGCAGUUAAUGGGACAGGUUGUGCCAAGACACCUGCAGCGCCCUGUCUCCCAGGCACCCCGGCUGCACAGACAGAUGCUGCCCCCAUGCCAGGCCAGCCUCAGGGAUCCGUCCUGGAGACGCCACAGCCUGCCACCCGCACCCUCCCAGCCACUGCCUUCCCCCCAACCAUGCCCUCAACCUGGGCCCUCCCAUCCCCGGCCACUGCUCCCCACACCACCACCCCUCGGGCCAGCACCCUCCCUGCUCCGCCCCUUGCCCAGAGGGCAGUGACUAUGGGGUGGGAGACAAGAGCCCCCAUACCGGCUGCAGGGCUGGGAGCAGUCAAGGGGGAGGGGGAUUGCCAGGAACCAGGCCACGAAUCCCCUCAGAUGCAGGAGCUGAUCCAGGUGGUGCGGGAGCUGCGGGGGGACCUGCGCGCCCUCGUCCAUAUCCAGCGGCAGGAGCGCCGCCAGCUGGGCACCAUUGCUGGCAGCCUGGCCGAGCUGGCGGGGGCCGUACGGCAGCUGGUAGGGGAGCUGCCCAGACAGGUGCUUCGGGGGCAGAGCCAGCUCCCCUAUCCAGCGUGGCGUAGGCAAGGCCCUGCACCCCCUACUGACAGCCUUGCCUGAUACCUGCCUACCAAAGAGCCCCACUGAGAGACAGACCCCCUCAUCGGCCCGAACUAACCCCCCACUGACGGACAGACCCCCCUCCCCGGCUUGAACUAACCCCCCACUGACAGACAGACCCCUCCUCCCCGGCUUGAACUAACCCCCCACUGACAGA